ACGAAUUAUAAAUACAGAGCCGAGUAUUCCAGCUACAAAGUGUUCUAGGCUGCUGACGAGAGCGCGUCAUUAUAUUUCAAGAAUAUUUUUAAUCGUCAAAAUUAUAUAAGCGAUACAAAAUGAAUAUUCUUGGUUACUUGGUGACUCUCGCUAACAUACAGAGUUUCGGGGAACCCGGUUCAUCUCUAAAGGACAUUUCCAUCCGAGUCAACGAAUGCGGCAGGCUCUUUGACGAACUGAAAAACGAUAGGGCAUUCAAUUUUGAGUGCUUCAGGCAGAAUAGCUAUUGCAAAGUGGGCUCCGUCGGAAAGUAUAUAUCACGGAAUUUUCAUGACUACAUUUUCAAUGGCAACGUGGAUCCCAGACACGAAGGGUUAAUUCUAACACUGUACUACACAGAUGCCUCAGCUCCUGAUGCCGUAGUAACUAGAUAUGCACAGAAUCCAGCAGUGCUAGACAAUAGUGACCUUCUUGAAGAGGCUCCCAUUACUGAAGCUAAUUCUCAGCAUUUCUUCAUGGCUAAACCAGAGAUUCCCGAGGAAGAUGAGCAUGCCGCAGAAAACUAUAUGAACGGAUAUUGGUUCGAGUGAUGUUUUCUUUUCAAUAUCCCGAACUUAGUCGCAAUAUAUAACGGUUUCUUUAGGCAACUUGUGUAAACGAAAUCGAAAAGGCUUAAAACUAUUCAACAGCUAUUGACCUCAUAAAAUCAUAAUAACUCUAGGCUUAAAACUGUCCUUAACAUAAAGACUAUAGUAGAUUGACUUUAGUUUAAAAUACGUUAACGAUUAUUUAGACCAUAUAAAGAGGAACAACGCCACUAAUCACUCAACUGAACUAAUUGAAACAAAAUAUACUUAAGUACUUCAAUAUAUUUCUUCGCAAUAUUGACGUCACGAGCACAAGCUACUCAGUAUUAUCAGAAAGUCGUACA